AGUCACGAAUCGUUGAUUCGUGAAAGUGAUUCAAAAGUCGUAGUUCUAGCCAUCACUAAUUUCUAAAUCCGUGGCGUGGUAUUACUCAUUGUUAUUCAGUUUGUGCAGUCGCGCAACGUAAUAAAUUUAGGAAAUUUGAAUUCUAUUACGUUGACAACAUUGCGAGAUUCGGUGCUCCACGUGAUUGAGUAAAUAUUUCCAAAGCACGUUUAUACACUAUUAUGGUUAAGUUAUAUCUGAAGUGUUUAUUAUUAUCAUUUUUUGAUUAAAGUGUAUUUUUAACGAAUAAAAAAAUGUUAAUAGAACCGAAAUUAACAAAUACCUCACAAAACUUUGGUAAACCGCCAGAGAAGCAAAACGCUUUGCUCCAGAGUUUAGGUACUCCGCACAUAGAUUCUUUUAAUUACAUGUUAGAAGAUGGUCUCGUAGAAGGUGUUGGAGAUAAUCCUCUUGUUUAUAUUCACCUUCCAAACGAAGAUAAAGUGGCUCUGUGGGUCGAUGAUGUUACUAUCCAUCAGCCUACUGUUCCCAUUGGAACUAUUGGAGUGAAGAAUCAUAAAAUUUAUCCUACAGAGUGUCGUCAAAGAAGAUGUACUUACAAAGGAAAAAUAACAGUUAAACUUGGUUGGUCAAUUAAUGGUCAAAUUCAAGAAGCUCUUGAAAGAAAUUUGGGAGAAAUUCCAAUUAUGGUUAAAUCCAAUAGAUGUCAUUUAAGUAAAAUGAGUCCAAAAGAAUUAAUUAGUCAUGGAGAGCAUGAACAAGAAUGGGGUGGAUAUUUCAUAAUUAAAGGAUUAGAAAGACUCAUAAGAAUGAUUUUAAUGACAAGAAGAAAUUAUCCUAUAGCUAUUAGAAGACCUGGAUGGAAAGCUCGUGGAAUACAAUUCAGUGAUCUUGGUAUACUUCUGAGGAGUGUACGUGAUGAUAAUACUGCAACAACCAAUACAUUGCACUAUGUAACCGAUGGAUCUGCAAAGUUAAUGUUCACACAUAGAAAAGUUUUGUAUUAUGUUCCUCUAAUCUUGAUGUUCAAAUGCCUAGUGGAUGUUUCAGAUAUGUUUAUUUAUAACGUAUUAACAGCUGAUAGCGACGAUGAUCUGUAUUAUAAGAGCUGUAUUUUAAAUAUGCUCAGAGAAACGCAUAAACAAGGCCUACAUAGCCAUGAUCAGUGUAAGGCUUAUAUAGGAAGUAUGUUUAGAAUAAAGUUCUUUGAAUUGCCACAAGAUGCUACUCAUAUAGAUGUUUGUGAUUUUAUUAUUAAACAUUGUAUAGCAAUUCAUCUUAAUGAUCCCCUAGAUAAAUUUUAUUUACUUGUUUUUAUGACGAAAAAGCUAUUUGCUCUUGCAAAUAAUAAGUGUGCUGUUGAGGGAGCUGAUGCUGUGAUGAUGCAAGAAUGUUUACUCGGUGGACACUUGUAUCUACAAGUAUUGAAAGAAAAACUAUAUAGUUGGCUAGCAGGUCUUAAAAUGGGUAUUUUAAAGCGUGCAAGAAGCGCGGGGAAUAGGUACAUAUUAAACCUACAGGAAAUGUUAAAUAUAAUGAAACAUACAAGUUCGCUUGAAUCGCAAAUGGAAAAUUUCUUAGCGACUGGAAAUAUAAAAUCAUCUACAGGUUUAGGACUCAUGCAAAGUAGUGGCCUCGCAAUUAUCGCUGAAAAUAUUAACAGAAUGCGUUAUAUGAGUCAUUUUCGUGCAGUCCACAGAGGUUCUUUUUUCCAAGAAAUGAGGACGACCGAAGCUAGACAAUUAUUACCAGAUGCGUGGGGCUUUAUUUGUCCUGUCCACACACCCGAUGGUGCGCCUUGUGGACUUCUGAAUCACCUAACAAUGAAUUGUAUCAUUACAAAACAUCCAGAUUCAAAGUUAAAAGCCAAUAUUCCAUUAGUGUUAAUGGAUCUUGGAAUGGUUCCUUUAUCUAUUGCUGCCAAUUGGAAGAACUCGUAUAUUGUAAUGUUGGACGGGAAAUUGAUUGGAGUAAUAAAUGACAAUAUAGUUGCCAGAAUAACAGAUAAACUUAGAUUGCUUAAAAUAAAAGGGCAAAAAGUACCACCUACAAUGGAGAUAGCUCUGGUACCAAAAAAAAAUGUACCAGCUCAGUACCCAGGAUUAUAUUUAUUUACAAGUCCUGCUCGUAUGAUGAGACCAGUGAUGAAUUUGAUUGCUAAAAAGACAGAGUACAUAGGAACAUUCGAACAAGUAUAUUUAGAUAUCUGCGUCACACCUGAAGAAACUUAUGAAGGGUUAACGUCACAUCAAGAAUUGUCGAAGACAGCAUUCCUAAGCAAUUUAGCAAGCCUUAUUCCAAUGCCAGAUUGUAAUCAGAGUCCAAGAAAUAUGUACCAAUGUCAAAUGGGUAAACAAACAAUGGGUACUCCGUGUCAUAUAUGGCAAUUACAAUCUGAAACUAAAUUAUAUAGACUUCAAACACCUGCAACACCACUUUUCCGACCUGUUCACUACGAUAAAAUUAAUCUUGAUGAUUUUCCUAUGGGUACUAAUGCAAUAGUAGCUGUUAUUUCAUACACAGGAUAUGAUAUGGAAGAUGCAAUGAUUAUUAAUAAAGCUGCCCAUGAUAGAGGGUUUGCACAUGGAACAGUUUAUAAAACCGAGUUUGUCGAUUUAAAAGAUCAAAGAAGUUAUUUUGCACGAAAUCCAGAUAAACCCGGACUUGCAGAAAAAUUAGAUACCGAUGGUCUUCCUCUACCAGGUGUUAUUAUUUCUGAAGGUGAUAUUUAUUAUUGUUACUACGAUGCAGAUCUAUCAACUUAUAUUACUGGUAAUUAUCAUGGAAAAGAAGAUGCUCAUGUUGAUACUGUCAAACUAUGUGGUACAUUACAUAGUCACAUUCCACGCAGAGCUUGCAUUACUUUUCGUAUUUCACGUAAUCCAUGCGUUGGAGAUAAAUUCGCCUCUAGGGCAGGUCAAAAAGGAAUUUGUUCUCAAAAAUGGCCAGCAGAGGAUCUACCUUUUACAGAAACUGGUUUGAUUCCUGAUAUUGUAUUCAAUCCCCAUGGUUUUCCAAGUCGUAUGACAAUAGCUAUGAUGAUCGAAGUAAUGGCGGGAAAAUCAGCAGCCAUACAUGGACUAGUACACGAUGCAACGUCUUUUCGAUUUAAUGAGAAUGAAACAGCUGUUGAAUAUUUUGGAAAAUUGUUGGAACGUGGAGGAUACAAUUAUUACGGAACUGAAAGAAUGUAUUCAGGUAUAGAUGGAAGAGAAAUGACUGCUGAUAUCUUUUUUGGAAUUGUGCAUUAUCAAAGAUUAAGGCAUAUGGUUUUGGACAAGUGGCAAGUUAGAAGUACUGGUCCAGUAGACGUCUUAACAAGACAGCCAAUAAAAGGUAGACGAAGAGGUGGUGGUGUCCGAUUUGGAGAAAUGGAACGAGAUUCGUUAAUAUCUCAUGGAUGUUCAUUUUUACUUCAAGACCGUCUUUUUCACUGUUCAGAUAAGACUACGACUUUAGUUUGCCAAAAGUGUGGGACAUUGCUGGGUCCAAUAAUGGAAACUACUUUAAACGCGUCAGGAUUUGGAGGUAAACUAAGAUGUCGCCUUUGCGGCGACGAUGAAUCUAUAAGAGAAGUAGAUAUACCAUACAUCUUUCGAUAUUUUGUAACUCAAUUAACAUCCUGUAAUAUUAAUGUAAAACUGUCAUUUGCAGAAAAAUGAAAAAAUGUUUGAAUGUA